AUGUUCCGCCGACUCCCCUCCGUCGCGCGCGCUUCUCUUCCUCGCCCGGCUGUCCGCCCAAUCACCCAGGCCCGGACCCUCUCCUCAUCGUCCGCCCCGAACGUCGUCCUCAACCUGGAUGCUCGCAAGACCGCACAGGAGAUCCGCUCGAGGGGCAUCACCUCCUCGGCGCUCAGCGGCGGGCGUGAAGGAGGCAUGGACCGUGAUACAAUCAUCCGUCUCCUAUACUCUUUGGGCUCGAGGCACGAGGUUGAGCGGUACUUGCGCAUCUUCUCCCAGAGCAGCCGGUCGACAGGCAAGGAGGGUGUUCUUCCGGAAGCCAAGUUUGCCGUUCUGAAGAUUGGAGGCGCUAUCCUCACCAACGAGCUGGACGACCUCGCGCUCUCCCUCUCAUUCCUCAACAGGCUCGGUCUCUACCCCAUCGUCCUGCACGGUGGUGGACCUCAACUUAACGAGCUCCUCGAGGCUGAAGGUAUCGUUCCCGACUACGAGGACGGUAUCCGAAUCACCGACGCCAAGACGCUCAACAUUGCCCGCCGGGUCUUCCUGCAGGAGAACCUCAAGCUCACCGCCGCGCUCGAACGCCUCGGUACGCGCGCCCGCCCCAUCCCAACCGGCGUCUUUACGGCCGAGUACCUCGACAAGGCCAAGUAUGGGCUUGUUGGGAAGAUCACCAAGGUCGACAAGGCGCCUAUCGAGGCGGCUAUCCGGGCGGGAUGUCUGCCUAUCUUGACCAGUCUGGCGGAGAAUGCGGAGGGGCAGAUCUUGAAUGUGAACGCGGAUGUCGCUGCUGGAGAGCUUGCGAAAGUCCUCGAGCCCAUGAAGAUCGUCUACCUGAACGAGAAGGGCGGUCUCUUCCACGGUGUGACCGGGAAGAAGAUCUCGACCAUCAACCUGGACGAGGAGUACGAGGGGCUCAUGAAGGAGUCAUGGGUCAAGUACGGCACCAAGCUCAAGCUCCGGGAGAUCAAGGACCUCCUCGACACCCUCCCCCGCACUUCCUCCGUCGCCAUCAUCUCCACCGACAUGCUCCAAAAGGAGCUCUUCACCGACGAGGGCGCCGGUACCCUCAUCCGUCGCGGCCACAAGCUGUACAAGCAGUCGUCUAUCGAUGCUGUCGGAUCCAGCCAGCUCCGUCAAGUCUUCACCGAGCGGGACUCGGAGGUGGCUUCCGGCCGCAAAUCCGUCGCUGAGAUCUUCUCGGACAUGAAGGGCUCGGCGCACACCAUUUACGGCGACGAACCUUUCGACGUCGUCGCGGUCGUCUCCCACCCCGAGGGCCAGACUCCGGUCAUGACCAAAUUCCUCCCUAGCCGGAACGGUAUCCUCAACAAGAUUGUCGACAACGUCUUUGACGCCAUCAAGAAGGACCACCGCCGGCUCUUCUGGACUGCCAAGGCGGAUGAUGAGAACCGGGCGUGGCAUUUUGAGAAGGCGGACGGAAGCUUUACGCGAGCUGGGCGUAGCUUGUUCUGGUAUGGUGUGCCGGACGUUAAGGAGGUCGAGACGAUCGUCAAGGGGUUCGAGGAGUCUGGGCGCAUUGAGCGCGUCUUCCUGCCCGUCGGUCCUUCCGUCCCUCCCCACCGCGCCGGUGCGCGUGCAUACUCCACCUCGGCUCGGUCUCCCCUCCCCUCUUCCCGCCGCGGGUACGCCACUGCUGCUCCUACCCCUCGGAAACGCGUCGCCCUCAUCGGCGCUCGCGGCUACACGGGCCAGAACCUCAUCUCCCUCAUCGACAACCACCCCAACCUCGACCUCACCCACGUCUCGUCCCGUGAACUCGCCGGCCUUCCGCUGAAGGAGUACAAAAAGUCGUCGGUGUCGUACUCGAACCUCUCGCUGGAUGACGUCAAGAAGAUGGAGGAGAAUGGCGAGGUGGAUGCGUGGGUCAUGGCGCUCCCUAAUGGCGUGUGCAAGCCGUUUGUCGAUGCGAUCGACUCGGCAAAGGGGAAUGGGGUGAUUGUGGAUCUGAGUGCAGACUACAGGUUCGAGCAAGGAUGGACAUACGGUCUUCCCGAAUUGUACGACCGAUCCCUCACCCAAUCGUCUAAACGCGUCUCCAACCCAGGAUGCUACGCGACCAACAACCAGCUCCUCUUGGCUCCGCUUAUGCCCUACCUUGACCCGGUCCAGGCUCCGACCGUCUUUGGUGUCUCUGGAUACUCUGGCGCGGGCACCAAGUCUGGCCAAAAAGACGCUGAAGGCCGAUCCGUCACCCUCCCCAAAGUCACCGCCGAAGACCUCGGAGGCGGUGUUCGUCCCUACGCACUCACUGACCACAUCCACGAGCGCGAAUCGUCCACCCACCUCCGCUCCCUCCUCUCCGCCUCCAACCCCGACUGGACCCUCUCCUUUAUCCCCACAGUCGCCCCCUGGUUCUCCGGCAUCAUCUCGGUCCUGAACGCCCCGCUGUCCAAGGUCAUGCGCGCGAGCGAGGUGCACGAGCUCUACGAGACCAAAUACGCCGGCGAGCGGCUGAUCACUGUCGGCAAGAAGGUGCCUGAGAUUCAGGACGGGGAGGGGCGGCACGGCUGGCGUAUGGGCGGCGUGCAGGUGCACUCGGGAGGAAAGAGGGUGGUGGUUGUUGGUGUGCUGGACAAUCUGUUGAAGGGGGCGGCGACGCAGUGCAUGCAGAACUUAAACUUGGCGCUCGGUUUCGAUGAGCUGGAUGGUAUCCCUAAGGACCGUAUCUGA